UCAAACUCAAAUGGGUGUAAGAAUCGGACUGAAAUCGGACGGGACGGUCAUGCAACCCUACUCGACUUCUCAAGAUUGUACCUCGAACACUGUGGAGGAAUCCACCCGGACCGGUACCAUGUCAGUCCACACCUCAUCCUGACUACUAUCCAUUCCCAUCGAUCAUUUUUCUUACUCCGGUAUUUGCAUAGUGAUGAUGGCCGGGUCAAGCAUCCCUUACCCGCCGCAGCCGGUGGCUACGGCGCCGGUGGUCGGCCCCCAAUUCGUCGUUCCGUACACGGUGGAUCUGGCUGUGGUUAGGGAGGUUCUGACCCUUCAAGAAGGCAAAUUCAAAGUGGUCGACGUGAACGAGAACGUUAUGUUCAAGGUCAAAAGCAAGCUCCUCAGCCUUCGCGAUCGCCGGAUCUUGCUCGACGCCGCCGGUAAUCCCAUCGUCACUUUCCAACAAAAGAUAUUCUCUGCACACAGAAGAUGGCAAGCGUUCAGGGGAGAAAGCACAGACCCAAAGGAUAUGUUGUUCAGCGUGAAGAAGUCUUCUCUGGUGCAGCUGAAGACAAAGCUGGACGUGUUCUUAGCGGCCAACACUAAAGAAGAUGAUUGUGACUUCCACAUGGAGGGGAGCUGGCUUGAAAGAUCGUGCACUAUAUAUGCAUCAGCAGGAGGAGGAGGAGGGGGAGGGGGUUCGUCGUCCUCAGCCAUUGUUGCCCAGAUGCACAAGAAACACACAGCCGGGAGCGUACUGGUUGGGAAAGACCACUUUUGGGUGACGGUCUAUCCUAAUGUUGAUUAUGCAUUCAUCGUUGCCCUUGUUGUCAUUCUUGAGGAGAUCAACAGGGACAGGUCCGGCGAGGACUAAUCCACAUUAACCAAGAGUCCUCUCCAACUCCAAGAAGGGAAGGAAUGACAUGGCUAUAUAUGCGCCGCCCCUCCCAACCUUAAUACAACAUUCCUCUGUACCUCAAUAACCUGAAAUUGAAUUGGUAGCAGACUAUUCUUACCAGUUCAGUCCUAUAAGUUAGAAGACUGCUCUUUAAUGCCAUUUGUGAGUGCAUUUUUUAUGGCCAUGGUUUACCAUCUUAUGUGAUAUAGUAUGCACUUUGGUACUUCUAAUUCAUUUGGCAUUUGCCUUAUGCUUUGUGUAGAGUUGGAAUUCACUUGGGAUUCGUCUUCUUCCUCUCCUUUUGAAGCGCAACUAUAUUUUUCUUUUAUUCAUCGUAUCGAACCUUGUCAUCUCCUUCGGGAACAUGGUGGGCGGUGUGGCUGCCUGGAACUCGUCAUCUAUGCGCCGACAAAGCUCGGCAUUGGUUGGCUAUGAACAGGUACGCUGCAGAAGGUUUAGAACUUAACGGAGGGCAGAAAAAACACGUGGCAAGAAUUUCUAGCCAAGAAAUCAAUUUGCCAGGG